GGUGGAAAAACCUUGCAGUGGUGGUCAAGAUUUACUUCUUUAUCCAGCUAAGAGAAAGCAGCUUUUGAGAAGUGAACUGGAUGGUGAAAAAGUGCCUCCAUCCCCACUACCUGCUCCAAAGCAAAUACCACCAUUAAAAGGGUGUCCAGUAGUUAUGCCAGGAGACUUUAAAGAGAAAGUUUCAGAGCUGCUGGCGAAAUACUCAAGUGGUCUUUGGGCCAGUGCCCUCCCCAAAGCCUUUGAGGACAUGUACAAAGUGAAAUUCCCUGAGGAUGCCUUAAAAAACCUUGCCUCGCUUUCUGAUGUAUGCACCAUAGACUACAUUUCUGGAAAUCCCCAGAAGGCCAUUCUCUAUGCUAAACUUCCAUUGCCCACUGACAAAAUCCUGAAGGAUGCAGGGCAACCACAUGGUGAUUAUAAUAUCAAGUCUAUGAUUGAACAAGAGUAUUUGCAGAUAGAAGAAAACAUUGCCAAAAGUGCUGAUACCUUUGUGGAGAAUACAACAGUUCCUCCAUUAAUCAUUCCAACUGAGGCAUCCCCAUCAGUACUGGUGGUUGAACUGAGCAACACAAACGAAGUGGUUAUCAGGUAUGUGGGCAAAGACUAUUCUGCUGCUCAGGAAUUAAUGGAAGAUGAGAUGAAGGAGUAUUACAGUAAGAACCCUAAGGUUACUCCAGUCCAGACUGUGCAUGUCGGGCAGUUACUGGCUGUAAAUGCAGAAGAGGACGCUUGGUUACGGGCACAAAUCAUCUCAACGGAAGAGAACAAAAUAAAGGCAAGUACUGUUUACUUUGUCAUAGCGUUAUAAAGACAAACACAUGAU